CGUUCUUCCACACGAUCAAUCUAUUAGACAAGAGAAUUGUAAAUGGACUGCAUUUAUACAGUGCUUUUCUUACCAAUGGCCACUCAAAGCCCUUUACAAUAUUGCUUAAACUUCAUCCAUUCAUACACACGUUCACCUAAUCAUACAGACAUUCACACACCAACGGCGUGUCCUUGCAAUGCGACAUCCAGAUCGUCGGGAGCAGUUAGGAUGAGCUAUCUUGCUCAGUGACACCUCGACACUCAUUAAACAGUGUUCACAAACUAAAGAGACAGUAAAGUUGACCCUACUCGGGUCAUGGUAACAAGAUCCUGUUCUGCACCAUAUAAUAACGGACCGUAAGUGGUGCAGAGUACAGGUAAUGUCUUACUUCAGUGGCAACACUAAUUUUCUCUCGUUUUUUGUCCUUUGAUUUUGUCAUUUUGUCACGACACUGUGGAUCUGGUAUUGAGGUAUAAUUUGUUGAGGUCGAGGUCUGACGUCCUGCAGACCUCUGUCGUAAUUCCUGUGCUGGUCUGGCUGGUAGGUCUACACGGAAGUCUCAUCCUCCCUUCUUCGUGUGUUCCUCAUCGCUGUAUGGAUUAACAUGUUGGCCAUUGCUGCUCCCAAGCGGAUAACCACUAUAUUGCAGUAUUAACAAACUACUGGGGCGAUUCCCCAAUCGUGUUUUUUUUUUAAUUGAAAUUAGAAAUAGCUCAUGACAAGCCAUUUAAAAUUUUUAACCAUGGAGAAAAGUGUUGUGCCGUGUGUCUCUGCACGAGAGUAGUGGACUUUCUGAUCCAGAACUGAUCCAGCGGUUCUCCCCUGAAGACCCCGCCCUGGGUGGGAGGCCCACUGAUGACCCUGCCCUGGACGGGGUGAGGCCCACUGAUGACCCCGCUCUGGGACUAGGCCCACUAAGAGAGAUGCUGGAGUUUGGUGGCUGUAUUUUUAUUUAUCUUCCUCAACUACACUUUAUCUUCUGGUUUCUGCAGAGUUGGUUUGGAUGCCGUGAUUUGCGGCAGUUUAAUAGCGCUGUGGUUCACAUUUUUAAAUGCGUCACAUUGAUAAUAAAGAUAAACGCAAACACACAUUAUAAUCAGGCUUGAAUAACAUUAUUAUUGUAUCAAUAAAGAGAUACUGUAUGAAAUAAUAACAUUCACAAAUCCUGUUUCCUCAACCUGACCACAGACACCACGUUGUGUCUAUUGCACAAGAAGGUAAACCUUGAUGAGCGUCCUAAUCCCAUAAGCCUCGCUGACAGAAAACAGUGGUGCCGGAUCGACACAGGAGAAGACCGAGGGAGGCCUUUGAAGUUGUUUCUCUUGUAUUGUUAAAUUCUUCGUCAAAAUGUCACUCUUUAUUAACCAAGACCAAAUCUUUGCACAUCAAGUUCAUCUUUUAGAGCACAAACUAAGGAGUAAAGAGGAGCGUAUUCUGGAGCUGGAGACAGAAAAGGCAAUUCUUCAUUUGAGGCUUGCUGAGUGUCUGGGCAGACUGCGGCGGGGCCAUGAGGGGGAGGCCAAGGCCAAAACACUACUUCAUCACCAGAGGGAAGCCCAGAGCAUCACCCAGUUGACUCUGGGGAAGCUCCUUGCUGAAGUCCAGAAUUUGAAGCAGGUCUUGAGUGAGAUCUUUGCAGUGUAUGCAAACGGCGUGGCCGAGCUGGAGGGCCAGAGCAAGCAGAUCCUGGAGAAGCUGGACGGGGCCAGGGCAACACUGAACAGUUGCCAUGGAGAUGACCUGCAGAGUUUGCAAUCCCACAUGGCGGCUCUGGAGCGCGACCUGGUGGAGGAGAAGGAGAGGUGCAGGGCCGAGAAGCAGAGGAGGAGAGAGAUCCACAACACCCUGGUGGAGCUGAGGGGGAACAUCAGGGUUCACUGUAGGGUGCGUCCUGUGCUUCCAUUGGACCAGGUCCAGUCCUGCUCAUCCCCAUCAGGGGCGAUCUCGUCAGAGGAGGUCAUUCAUGUCAGCGAGGACACCGUGUUGGUGAACUGCAUUCAAAAUGGAAAUCCAGCCAUCAACAAGGUGUUUGAAUUUGAGAGAGUGCAUGGACCGGAGGACUCCCAGAACGUAGUGUUUGAGGAGGUGAAGCCUCUCCUCACAUCCCUGCUGGAUGGGUAUAAUGUGUGUAUAAUGGCAUACGGGCAAACGGGUAGUGGAAAAACCCACACCAUGAUGGGCUCCCAGGGGCCCCCCGGGUCCCCUCAGCCAGGCGCCCCCCAGGGUGUCUCCUCCCCCGGGGACCAGCAGGGCAUCAUCCCCCAAGCUGCUGUGGAGCUCUUCAGGCUGAUCUCAGGGAAGCCGUCCGAGAGCCAUGUGGUGGAGGUGUCCGUGGUGGAGGUCUACAACAACGAGGUGUUUGACCUCCUGUCCCGCGACGGGGAGGGCGGAGCCCCGGGCCAGCGCCGGGACGUCAUCACCACCGCGUCGGGCCCCAGCGAGGUCCCCUCCCUCACUUAUGAGUGUGUGAAGAGCGCCCCCGAGGUCAUGCAGCUGGUCUGGGCAGUGGUAAAGCUGAGGGCUCGCUGCCCCACCCUGGUGCACGCCCACUCCUCCCGCUCCCACCUGGUGGUCACGCUCACCGUCUCCUCCAACAGCCCCCACGCCCUGGCCUUGGCCCGCCGUCUGAAGAGCGCCAAGCAAGAGCUGCAGCGCUGCCCGAGGACCGACUUCUGGAGCCCGCGCUGUCGCCGGGCCAAUGGCGCCCCCCGCCACGCCUCUGCCGACCACUCUGCUGCCACCGCCUCCCCUUCAUCCUCCUUCUCCUUCCCUGGCCACUCCCAAUGCCCCUCCCCCCGGCCGGGCAGAGCCCAGGGCCUCUUUCGGACCCGCCUCCAGCUGGUGGACCUGGCCGGCAGCGAGUGUGUCGGCAUGUCGGGGGUGACAGGCGCGGCGCUGUGGGAGACCUCCUGUAUAAACCGCAGCCUGUGCGCUCUGUCGGACGUCCUGGGUGCGCUGGCGGAGCAGAGACCUCACGUCCCGUACCGCAACAGCAAGCUCACACACCUGCUGCAGGACGCUAUCGGUGGAGAUGCUAAGCUGCUUGUGAUGCUUUGCAUCUCUCCCGCCCAGCGGUUCAUCUCGGAGUCGCUCCAGUCCCUGGGUUUUGGCUCAAGGGCUCGGCAGUUUCACAAGAAAGUGUCGCACAGGAAGAAUGACAACCUCAAGCAAAAGUGAGAGACUGAGAAUGUUAUAACGGUGAGAUAUUGGUAGAAAUAAAAAAAUAUUAUUAUUAAAAUUCAUGCCAGCACAGAACAUUAUCAUGUGUUUUUUGUAUUCAUAGUAUUCAUAUUCAUAGUAAGAAAGGAUCGACCCAAACAGUUUUCUAGUGUUCAAAUGCAGAGACAAGCUUAUUGUCAUAGAAUAGAGUAUCAAAUGUUCAAAAUAAGUGUUUAAUAUUAAUUAUUUUGUGACUUUAUAGUAUUUUAUCCAAUUCCCUUAUUUGUUCUGCAAAAAAGAUGCAUUUGAUCAAUAGUAAAGACCAUAAGUGAAAGAUGCUGCACUGACUAUUUAUUUGUAUUUCUUUAAUUAUAUGGACUUAUGACUUCUUUAUCACAUUUAUUUUCAAGGUAUUAUCAACACAUAAGAGGAGGGAUUCCUUACCCUUUAUUGUCAUG